AACUCGUUUGCGGUAAAAGGUCUGCUACUGAGGAUCAGUCUUCCUAACAAUAUUUGAGUCCGGAUCUUUAAGCCAUAUAAGACUUCAGCAUCGACACUAUAGCAUUACCUGUACGAGAAAAUAGAGCGUCGCGUUCUGCGUACCAGGGAGACAUUAUUUGGCCGGGAGGAGUACACAGCCCAAAAGUAUGGAUUACGGAUACGGCAACUAUCAAAAUAAUGCCGGGGGUGGAGGAUUUAUGAACAAUGGCUCCCAGGGAAUUGGGGAAAACAGCCCCGGCGGCAGCGCCUCAAAGACAUACGGAAAAGACACUCUGAGACCGGUCACUAUCAAGCAGAUUAUCGACGCGCAACAAGCACACCCAGAUGCGGACUUCAAAGUCGAUGGUGUGGAGGUCACGCAGCUGACUUUCGUGGGACAAAUUCGGAAUAUUUCCACGCAAACCACCAAUAUCACAUACAAGAUUGACGAUGGCACGGGUACUGUAGAGGUUAAGCAGUGGGUCGACUCGGAUGUGGUAAACUCAAUGGACACAGCGACGGAUGCGAAACCUAAAUUGAUGGAGAAUUCAUAUGCUCGAGUAUGGGGCAAGUUGAAGAGCUUCAGUGGUAAGAGGCAUGUGGGGGCUCAUAUAAUUCGACCAAUCACCGAUCACAAUGAGGUCCAAUAUCACCUUCUCGAGGCUACUGCUGUUCACUUAUUCUUUACGAGGGGACCGCCGGAACAGCUGAAGAAGGGAGGAAAUGCUGCUCAGGGAGGCGCUGCCCCUGGACAGCAGGUCGGAGUUGGCGGCAAUGCUGCUGAUAAUGGCGGCGGCCAGAGUGGACGUGCCCUGCCACCCUUAUCCGGCCCAGCCCGAAAAAUUUACCAUACUCUUGAAACGUCUCCGCAGAGCAACGAAGGCCUCAACGUGCAAGAUAUUUCUAGCCGGGUUGGAAUGCAAGUUAAUGACGUGUUGAAAGCAGCGGACGAGCUUCUGAGCCAGGGUUUGAUCUAUACAACGGUUGACGAUAACACUUGGGCCAUACUGGACAUGUAAGAAGUUCGAAUUUUCUUCGUCUUUGGCGAGUUACAUAUUUCCUUGCAUCCACGAUUGGCUUUUCAUUGGGCGUUACGAAAGAAGAAUGUACGAAAGGUUCCAGAGAAAUCACUUGGCUCUUGUUUUAUUCAUUUAUUGAUCGCAAUUACCGGGUAUCUACAAAUAAAGUAAUCAAUCAAAUCCAACUCAAGGGCAUCAC